AUGGUGGUGACCAGCGUUCACGGGACGGUAGGAGGAGCGCAGCGAGCAGCAACCUCAACUGACUUGAUGAAGAUGGCAAGGGAUGAGUUGAACCCCUCGGACGUUAUCCUCGCCGUCGACGAUAUGCCUGUGACAGGGCUGAACAUUAACGAGGUCGUGAAGCUGAUCAAGGGCGACCAGGGGACGCGCGUCCGCCUCAAGGUACUACAGGAUCCAGAGGCGAAGAACCUCGAGCACGGCGAGCUCUUGCGUGUGGCUCGCAAGGCGACUACUUUCACUCAGGAGGCUGCACCCAAGGAGGAGGAGGAGGAGGAGGAGAACUCUGUUCAGCAACAGAAGGAGACGAGCGUCUCGCAGGCUCAGUGGGCAAGGCAGCAGCUAGGAUUCAUGUGA